AUGGCUCGUGGUCCCAAAAAACACUUAAAGCGUUUAAACGCUCCUAAAGCAUGGAUGUUGGAUAAACUGGGUGGGGUGUACGCGCCACGACCAUCCACAGGUCCCCACAAGCUGCGUGAAUGUUUGCCACUUGUCAUCUUUUUACGCAACAGGCUAAAGUAUGCUUUGACCGGCAAUGAAGUGUUGAAGAUUGUGAAGCAGCGCCUCAUUAAAGUAGACGGUAAAGUGCGCACUGAUCCUACGUAUCCAGCUGGAUUUAUGGAUGUUGUGUCUAUUGAAAAGACCAAUGAACUGUUCAGAUUAAUUUAUGAUGUCAAAGGCCGUUUCACAAUUCACCGCAUCACACCUGAAGAAGCUAAGUACAAGCUGUGCAAGGUGCGCGCCGUGGGCACGGGCCCCAAGGGCGUGCCGUUCCUGGUGACGCACGACGGGCGCACGGUGCGCUACCCCGACCCGCUGAUCAAGGUGAACGACUCCAUCCAGCUGGACAUCGCGGCGGCGAAGAUCAUGGACUUCAUCAAGUUCGAGUCGGGCAACCUGUGCAUGAUCACGGGCGGGCGCAACUUGGGCCGCGUGGGCACCAUCGUGUCGCGCGAGCGCCACCCCGGCUCCUUCGACAUCGUGCACAUCCGCGACUCCACGGGCCACACGUUCGCCACGCGCAUGAACAACGUGUUCAUCAUCGGCAAGGGCACCAAGGCCUACAUCUCGCUGCCCCGCGGCAAGGGCGUGCGCCUCACCAUCGCCGAGGAGCGCGACAAGCGCAUCGCCGCCAAGGUGGCCGCGCAG